GAUUUUAAUUUUACCCUAAUGUUUAUCAAAAAAAAAAAAGAAGGGAUUGAAACUAAUUAGCCAGAAUUGCCCCUCAAACUUGUACCAAAUUCCCGCCGUUUUGUUCUUUCUUCCAUCAAGAAAGACCAAGAACCAACCGAGGAAAGGUGUUGAGACCUUGCAAUUUGAUCAAGACAAGCCAAGAAAUCGAAAACCCAGUUCAGGAAAAAUGCCCAAAUCUGUUGAAUUUGCAGAGUCGGAGUCCGAAGAAGAGGAGCGGCAAAUGGAAAGGGCAGCCCAGGAAAUCAGGAAAAACUAUCAGACUACGAGAAGCUGAGAUUGAAUAGAAUUGAGGAAAAUAAAAGGAGAAUGGAGGCUUUGGGGCUGCGUAAGAUUGCAACUUCUUUCAUGGAAUCGGUUCACAAAACGCCUAAUAAGAAGAAUGAGGAAAAGGGCAAGAGAAAAUUGGUUGAUGAAGAUGAAGAGUAUAAUCCGACUCAAGAUGAUGAGGAAAUGAGUUCCUCAGCGGAAGAGGAUGAAGACGAUGAGGAGUUUUCGCUGUCUCAGAAGAAGAAGGUGAUGAGCAAAACUUCAACUCCUAAGAAGCGAGGCCCUGUUCAAAAGCCUACAUUCGACUCAGAUUUUGUGGAGGAUGAUGAUGCUUUAAUGCAGGCAAUUGCUCUAUCACUACAAGAUUCUGCUGGGUUUUUAGAUGUAAAAAGCAGUUCUCCUAAUCCCGUUGCCCAUCUUAAGAAGACUACAUCUUCUAAAACCCCUGCCACACAUACUAUAGAUACUGCAAGUGACAAAAGAAAAGAAAGUUCCUGCAUUCAAGAUGAUUCAGGAACGAGAAAGAGAAAAAAACCGGGUCGGCAAAUCACCAGUCGAGUGCAAAUGACCGAAGAUGAAAUGCUUAUACAUUUCUUUCAGUUUGAUGAAACUGGAAAAGGUGGCAUCACUCUGAGAGAUGUAGAGAGAUUAGCCAUAGCCCAUGACUUUACAUGGUCAGAAAAGGAGAUAGCUGAGAUGAUACGUUGCUUCGAUAGUGAUGGAGAUGGAAAGGUAAGUUUUGAUGACUUCCAAAAUAUUGUUGGUCGAUGCAAGAUGCUGAAAGGUUCUGAUGGCGGUGGAACUGGUUAAUAAAUUACAAAGCAUCAGCAUAUUCAGACCCUUGAUGGUGUCGAUUAGCACUGGCAGCUCCACAGCAGUCAAGCUGUACCAUUGUAUUAAAGUAGAGAAGUUCCUCUUUUUGGCCAAGGAUCAAGAAGACGCUAUGGGUCAUCAGAAAUUAGAAAGACUUGCACAUCUCAUACUCUUUGACAUUAUUGACAUCAGAUGCUUAGAAUAAGAUUCUUUUUAUUGCUUCGUCCUGUAUCAUACUGCAGAUUUCCCUAUUCUCCUUGCGCUUGCAUGUGCGUGCUAUCAGGUUUAUUAGGACAGUAAAAAGAUAAACUGGUCCUUUUUUAUUGCAAAGAUAUGAAUAUUUCUGGGCAA